AUGUUCCAGACACCGGUCUGCUAUGCGACCUUCUGUGGUCUGACCCCGACAAAGAUGUCCAAGGCUGGGUUUUUGAGUACAAAUUCUUUGGAUGACGGCGCCAAUGAAGUACUUGGGUGCCUGCUUCAAGCGGCAGAUUACUUGGCUCGGUUUUUGACGAAAACGGAGGUCCACGAACUGAUCGUAAGAUGCUUCUCAUUACGGUUGAUGGAUUUCGGCCUGGUUCAAGUUCUGAGAGCCGGGGCCAACGAAUGUCCGGAACUGACGGUGGCUAUUUGUGCCCAAUUAGAGAGUAACAUUGCGGAAGUGUUCAAGCGCGCCAGGGAACCUGGAUAUUAUCAUCGUUGCGAAAACUGGGCAGCGGCACUCAUCGGUCUUUACAAUGUUGUGGGCUCAAAUUUUCGCGAUCUUCAAUUGGCCCAGAGGGCUGCGGCUGUUGACGGCUUACUUACUUGGACGAUUGAUUCCAUGGUCAAGUCUCUCAGUAUUGCACGCGAACAGCAGCUUGGCGUUGAAGCUUUGAAACUAACAACCUGCGUGCUGUUGAAGCUGCCGACUAUUGAGAACGGCAGCCGUUUUCUUGCAAGGUUUUGCUGCGAAAUAUUGAACUGUCCCUUCUCUUUUGAAGAUGGGCUUUGUGAAGAGAUGUUCAACGACAAAUCGAAUGGAAUUCGCGUAAUGGAAAAGCUACUUGAGGCCAUAUUGACAAUUUUAUCUGGUGCUAGACAUUUGACUGUUUUGCUCGGUCGCUCCGGCGCGCAAAUCGGUUCAACGUCACAUAGUUAUUUUCGGAAAGUGCUUCUCCAGGCGGAUGUGGGCCCUGGCACUACCAAACUUCUCGUAUCCUAUUUUGUCACAAACAUGGACGUCGCAGCAUUAGAAAGAUUCAUAGAGGACGUGGCGCGUUUGUGGUCGGACCAGAACAUCGUCUCGUCCUCUUCUUGGCCCUAUCUGCUUCAUAUUAGUCGUGUAUUGCUGUUGCUAGGCGAUCGUUCAUCCAACAGCCGGUGCGGGGAAUUGCUUGUCAAGAGCUGGCCGAGGAUUAUGUCUGGGGUUCAAUUUUAUCUGCGGCGGCCAGAGGAUACCGUGAAGCAACUUGGGAUGUUGGUUGGGCAGCAGCUCUCAACGUUAUUGGAAUCAACCGCUGGGGCACUUGAUUUUGAACUCAAGCCGUUGCCGGAGAUAGCCAAGCUUCUGGCUGAGAUCAGCGAUGGUUCAACUUCUGGACCUGAUACUUCCCAUGCUUCUGAAUCCGAGCCGGUAUUGCGCAUGGUCGAGGUUCGGCCAGCAUCAAAGCUCGACAGUGAUGAUGAGGAACUCGACUUUGAGCCAUAUGAGAUGCCUUCUAACGAAUUGUUCCUUGAUAAUGGCAAGGAAUCUACGGACGUUGCGAAGAUUUCUGCCCCGCCCCGGUAUCUUCGUGAAUGUAUUUCAUGGUUGACUGAAGAUGAUUUGCCUCGCUGGGAGUCGGCGUUUAAUGCUCUCGAAGGGUUUAUCAUUCGGAAGGCUAUCGGCCUUCAGGAAGAAUCGGGCAGGCUAUUAAGGAUAUUGAUCUAUUUGGAUGACAAGUCUGGCAUUCAGGAUUUUGAGAAAAUGAAACAAAGCCGAAUAUCAAACCUGCUUGCGGUCUAUCCACACCUUGUCCCAUUGGCCGCCGAAUCCCUUUUCGCCGCACGUGGAACUAUGAAUCUAAGGUAUGAAUUGCUUCACUGCAUUCACGACGCCGCAAAGAUUCUCUCCGACGGCUCGGGGAUAGAUGAUGCGUCUGACGCACAACCUGCAAUGGGCGAGAUGCCAGCCAGACCUAAAUGGCGUUCGGUUGUUGACCAGCGCGUUCAAGAUAGGACCCGCUAUAUCACGCAGCGUCUUUUGGGAAAGAAGAAGACGAAGCUGCGGAGCAAUCGACUCUCCGCUUCGAUUGAUCUCUUCACUUAUCCAUUAUUGCGUUCCGAAGUUUCGGGCGAACAUCUGCAACUGCUCGGACAAGAUUACCAGCUGUUUUCUUGCAUCUUGUCGACUGUCUGCGAAAUCGUAGAAAUGGCAACAAUGGCGCCGACAUUGCACCGGAUAUGCGGGCUGUUGAACGAAGCAGCCGACUCCAUUGCGAGGCGUCCCGAACCGCUGCUUCGUCUAACGGUUUUUUUCGUCAGAGGAACGGUAUUGGAUGCACUUCCGGAAGAGCUUUUUCUGCAGUUGUUUCAAGACCGACUAAAGGAUUGGCUCGAAUUUGCUGGGGAACACAUAGAUGAUCGUGGUUCCGACCAGGAUUUACCGACAGGAAGCACAGGAAUUAUGAAGGUU